AUGAGUUUCAGAUUCGAUUAUCAUGACCUGCCUAAGGAUAUUCCAGCGGCUAUAAAAUUCAUUGUGGAAUAUUUAUUACACGAAAUUUGUCCUAACUUGCGAAAAGUUGGGACUACAUUUCAGUCGAGUCCCGUCGAGGAUACAAUGAAUAACUAUACAUCUAAUACUAGAGAUGUUUAUCUGCUUAGCACAAGGCAGAUCAUUAAAUGUAUCUCGAAUUUAUUAGAAGUAUUUAAAAUAGAAUCAAAAAAGGCAGUUUAUCUUAAGGAGAGCCGCCUGUUUAUAUUAGAGAGAAUAUGUUGGUGCAUGUCCAAAAUUGACUCUGUAAUGAAGUAUGUAAAUGAGUGCUCAACAACCCGCAGUAUGAACAUGAAUUUCACAGAAGAUAUGUUUGCAACCCCUAUGUAUUUUGUUAAUUGGAUUGAUUAUACUUUUGAUAUUCUUUCCAAAUUAGCCUCAACUAUUUACAGAACUGAUUAUAAGACUGAUCAAAAACUCUAUGACCUAUGGAAAGAUGUUAUGAUUGAUCACAUAACGUCUUUGCACAUGUGCAUAGAUGAGCUACUAUUGUCAGCAAUGACUUUAUGCAAGUACUGUUUAGAUGAGGACCAGCCGGCACUGAAAGCCCGUUGCCAAGUUGUUUUAAGAGAAACAAAGGUUUUAUUCAAUGAAUUAGUCACAGUGGACAUUACAAAGUCUGUAAAGAUUACACCAGAGCAACUGAAAUUACCAAUCAUGCCAUCAAAUGUUAACAUUUUGAUAGAUGUUCUGAAAGAUGUUUUGUAUGUUCUAGAAACAAAUAUUAAUACUGCUUUACUAAGUUUAUUAAUACACUGUUAUGCUCACUGCAACUCACCAGUAGAUGUAUUAAAAGACCACUUUGCGCAAAGGCAAGAUCAGUUUUGUCCAUGUGCUACUAAUGUUGAAGAUAUGGACAUAGAGACUUGUCAAUAUGUGAAAAGUUUUGAUUUGUAUAAUGAAAGGCUUUUACAAAUAGGGUAUUUUGCUGUGUCCUGUUCAUCAGAUCAAAAAAGAAUUUUGUCGCUCCGAAGUUGUCUAUCCAGCUUGGAGUCAUUAGACCCACAUUUGGUGCCGGCUAUAUCCACGGCGCCACAUGAUCUUCACACCACGCUUUUGAUAAAUUUUUGGAAACAGGAAAUUACGGACAUCAGAGAUACUGUGUUCUUGAUUGUGGAUCCAGUGGCAUUUGUUGAGAGGUGUAAGCUCUAUAUGAAAGAGUUAUUAUUGGUAAUAGAGAAACAAAAUUUUGAUUCAUGUUGUGAUAUUUGGGCUGUUGUUAUAAAUAUAGGUUCACUUGUAUAUAAUUUCUUCUCUAUAUACAAACUAUAUGAACCGGAUGCUUUGAUGCAAAGUAAUGAGUUGGAUGAUUGUCUACAAUCUUUGGACCGAGCCCAAAGAGAAUGUAAAGUUGUGUUUAAUUUUUUGAGUAAAGAUGAAACGAGUAACGAUGUUCAAAAAAGAUCUGAUUGCCAAACGGUUGAUUCUGAAAAGUUGAUCAUUCGCGUGAAACUCCUCUACUCCCUGGUUAAAAAGAUCCAUGAAUUAUUACUUCCGAAAGAUGAUGAUCAAUUGUUUGCUUACGAUUUAUGUGAAGACGAUAUCCCUGACAAUAAAAAUAUCACUCGCACAAUAUUGAAUCCUAUCGCCAUGCAUUCCCAGCAGAAACAAGGUUUUAACAUAACAAGAACCAUAUUUAAUAGAACUGCAACUGUUAAGAAACCCACCCAAAAUGCGGUAUUAUCGAAGUUAAUAAAACAUCUUCACGUGAAGAAGGGUGUCCAGCAAGAGCUGAAUUUCUCUGCUGAAGUCAGUAAUUUGUUCUUGGUGGAUAUGAAGGACUGCAGGCCUCCUUCAAAGGAAGCUAUAUCAUUAAGGAGAGAAUUGUUUCGUCAAUCAAGUUCACACCCUUUCAUGAAAAAGUUAAACAGAACCUUUGAUACUGAAAAAGCUGAAAUAAAAAAAUGUAAUGAGAGCUUUAUGAACGAGACUGCAAGUUUGCAGAUAUCAGCAAUUUUGAACCAGUUAAAUGAUAUUACUGAUAUAAUAUCUACAACAUCACAAGAGAAUCAAGCCGAAUCUGCAGAUAACAAUAAAAAUUUACAGAAAAAAUUACUAACUUUAGGAAGAAGUGCAGUUUUGGAUAAUACAGCCUCUACGUCGACUGCAUCAAACAUAACACAACCUUCUAACGUGACGACUCUGGAGAGAAUAAGCGAUCUAGAUUUGGUUGAGAGCAAACUGCAUUCAUUAAAGGUUCAAUCGCAUCGUGAAACAAAAUUGUAG